GGCAAGGGUACUCCCCGCAGAAAGGUCAAGAGAGCGCCUGCCCGCUCCGCUGGCGAUGACAAGAAGCUCCAGGCCACCCUCAAGAAGGUCAAUGUUCAGCCCAUCCAGGCCAUCGAGGAGGUGAACAUGUUCAAGAGCGACGGCAACGUCAUCCACUUCGCCGCCCCUAAGGUCCACGCCGCUGUCCCCGCCAACACCUUCGCCAUCUACGGCAACGGUGAGGACAAGGAGCUCACUGAGCUCGUCCCCGGCAUCCUCAACCAGCUCGGCCCCGACUCCCUCGCUUCCCUCCGCAAGCUCGCUGAGAGCUACCAGAACAUGCAGAAGAACGAGAAGGACGCUGAGGAGGAUGACAUCCCCGAUCUCGUUGCCGGCGAGAACUUCGAGAGCAAGGUCGAGUAA